GGCGGCGACCCCGGCUGCAGAUCGGCGGGCCCGGCGGCGGGCGCGGAAAGCGGCGGCGGCGGCGUUCGGCCCUCGAUGUGACGGGUGCGGCCCAGGCAAUCGAGCGCGCUGCAGAGAGAGCGGGCCUCCGCACCGCCGGCGGGAGAAAAUUACACUUACUGUGUUCUUGAAAAACAUUCCAGAACUGUGUGGCAGAGAGAUCAGCUCUUUUUCAGAGGGCAGAGUUCACAAUGACGAAUGAAGAACCUCUCCCAAAGAAGGUUCGCCUUAGUGAAGCAGAUUUUAAAGUUUUGCCUAGAGAUGAACUUAUCCUAAGGUGGAAACAGUAUGAAGCAUACGUGCAAGCUUUGGAGGGCAAGUACACAGACCUUAAUUCUAAUGAUGUGACGGGAUUGAGAGAAUCUGAAGAGAAACUGAAACAGCAACAGCAAGAAUCUGCCCGAAGAGAAAAUAUUCUGGUCAUGAGGCUGGCAACUAAAGAACAGGAGAUGCAAGAGUGUACUUGGGCAUCAAUGAGAAGAGCCUGGCUUCGCCUUCUUUACUCCCCCCACCAGAAUCAGAUUCAGUACCUCAAGCAAGUCCAGCAGCCUAGUGUUGCCCAACUGCGAUCAACAAUGGUGGACCCAGCCAUCAACUUGUUUUUCCUAAAAAUGAAAGGUGAACUGGAACAGACUAAAGACAAACUGGAACAAGCCCAAAAUGAACUGAGUGCCUGGAAAUUUACGCCUGAUAGCCAAACAGGCAAAAAGUUAAUGGCGAAGUGUCGAAUGCUUAUCCAGGAGAAUCAAGAGCUUGGAAGGCAGCUGUCCCAAGGACGUAUUGCACAGCUUGAGGCAGAGUUGGCUUUACAGAAGAAAUAUAGUGAGGAACUUAAAAGCAGUCAGGAUGAAUUGAAUGACUUCAUCAUCCAACUUGAUGAGGAGGUAGAGGGUAUGCAGAGUACCAUUCUAGUGCUUCAGCAGCAGUUGAAGGAGACUCGCCAGCAGUUGGCGCAGUACCAGCAGCAGCAGUCCCAGGUCUCCAACCCAGGUACCAGCAGGACUCCAUCUUCUGAGCCUACAGACCAGGGAGAGGCUGUGGGUAAAGACUGCAGCCGUCUGGCUAACGGACCAAGCAAUGGUAGCUCCUCCCAUCAGCGGACGUCUGGGCCUGGAUUUUAUAGGGAGGGUAGCAGCACAGAAGAUGACUUCCCGGCUUCUCCAGGGAAUGGUAAUAAGCUGUCCAACCACUCUGAAGAUAGAACUGGUAGAGGAGGUGGUAGCUACAUAAACCAACUCAGUACUGGGUAUGAAAGUGUAGACUCUCCCACUGGCAGUGAAAACUCUCUCACUCACCAUUCAAAUGACACAGACUCCAAUCAUGAUCCUCAAGAGGAGAAAACAGUAAGCAUGAAAGGUAACAGAACUGCGGGUUCUCGGCAUGUCCAGAAUGGUUUGGACUCCAAUGUAAAUGUGCAGGGUUCAGUUUUGUAACAUUUUUCUGCAGCGUUUUUAUACAGUGUCAUUUAAACUGGGAGAGGAUACUGUUCAGAAGCUGUUAUUAAAUUAGUGCAUACUUGUCACAAUUUUUGCCUUUUUGUGGAUUUCUUUUUGCUUCAAUACCUCUGCCACUUUGGGAAUUUUAACAGUUAAUUACGUUGAAUGUUGCUAAAAGGACAUUUGUGUAGCUCAAGUUAUUUUUAUAUGAGUUAAUGUGAAGUUGAAAUGGAAAUUAUUUCCAUAAAGUAUAACAUUAAAUGAUGUCUGUACAAAUCUGUGUAUAUCUAGAACCUGUGCUGUGUAAGGGCAUUCUUACUCAUACUGUUAUACUUAACACCACCUUUGAGAUUUGUCAUAAUAGCUGUGGGUUUAUGACUGCCAAGUUUGCCCAGUACAGUAGUUUUAUCACUAAAAGAUGGACUUGCUGAAGAAGUCCUUUAGUAGUUUCAGUGUUAAUUACAGUUUUUCCCACAAUACAUCUGUGCAUUUUCUCCUUAGGUGACCGAAUGUUUAUGAAUUGUGUGCAUAGUUACUCAGUUUUUAAGAACUGUUGUAUCCUGUUAAUGCAUAUUGCUCUGUGACUCCAAUAUUAUCUUACCUGUACUGACCAAACCUAAAUAAAAACUUUUAAUAAUGUAA